UGGCUCUGAGGUGGCAGAGGACGAGGAGGGCGGUGAUUGGGCGGUUCCCGGAUGUGAGGCGGCGGCGGGCGAUGGAUCUGGGGGACGGCGGGGCCGGACCGGGCCCCGGGCAGGCGGCGCUGGGCCGGGGGGGGCUGGAGGUUCUGCAGCACACGGUGGGCUCCCUGCUCUCCAGCUAUGGCUGGUACAUCCUCUUGGCCGCCGUCGCCAUCUAUUUCCUCGUGCAGAAGGUGUCCCAGAGCCUGGCGGCCGGGCCGAGCGGCCGGGCGGGAGCAGCUGACGCAGUUAUGGAACCUGACGUGGUGGUAAGAAGGCAGGAAGCUUUGGCCGCAGCUCGCCUCAGGAUGCAGGAGGAGUUGAAUGCACAAGCAGAAAGAUACAAAGAAAAACAAAGACAGCUUGAAGAAGAGAAGAGAAGGCAGAAAAUAGCCAUGUGGGAAAGUAUGCAAGAAGGAAAAAGCUAUAAAGGAAACCUGAAACUGAAUCAGCAUGAAGUAGAAUCCGGUGCCUCCACCUCAUCAGCAGUCCCAAAAUCCAAACCAAACAAAAAGCCCCUGCGAGGAGGUGGCUAUAACCCCCUGUCUGGAGAAGGAGGCGGCACUUGUUCCUGGAGACCAGGCCGCAGAGGCCCGUCGGCAGGUGGAUGAGGUUAACCCCCCUGGUGUCUCAUGUCACUGGCGAGCUUGAUCGUACCCCCAUCUUGCUGCCUACAGUUUGCGGGUCACAGGGACUCCUUUGGGAUCAGGCUUAGUGCAGGUGUUAACUUGAAACCAGAUUUACGCCAUUUCCAGAUAGCAUGGAAGCUGAUACUGCACAGGAAGAAUACCCGGAUCCUCUUAGGGAGGAUAAAAAAAGAAACAAUUUCAGUGUAAUCAGUUAGUUUUCACUCUUCCACAGAGAGGAAGCGUAGUCUCCCACCAAGGUGAAUCACCUGGGAUUGUGAGAUCUGGUUCUGUGCUGGCUAUUCAAAACACUGGCCUCGGGCAAAUUUAAUUAUCCACGCUUGGUUUCCCUCUGUAAAAUGAGGAUAUUUACCGUCCUCAGACAUCUGUUACCAGAUUUACCAUGUCUGGCUGCAAGGUACUUUAGAGGGGAAGAAUAUUAGCAUUGGCAGGCAACUUGAAUUAUAGGCAGAGGGACUUCCAGAAAAAGCAGAUGAACUGACAAACACCACGGAUUUGCACCAAAGGCCGGUUAUUGCAGAAGAGUCUCUGUGACAAGCUGCCUUGAAUGACGUUUUCCUUAGAAAUGGUGAACAAACCAGUGAGGAUUACUGAUACUGGGCAGCAGAUGGGGGGGGUUCUUGCUAUUCCUGGUUUUUUUUGUCUUUUUUUUUUAUUUCAACAGCUUUGUAAAAAUGAAAAAUACUAUUAUAUUAAAUAUAAUUGCAAACAAAUCAUAAA